UCAGGAGCCAAUAAGAGUGAGACCAGCGCUUCCGGGUUAACGGGCGAGCUCAGUUUGAAUCUCAAGUGGCAAGAGCGAGAAAGGCGGCGGCUGUCGGGGGGCAGCGGAGUCGCUCCCGGUGUAGUAGGGUCAGUCCCGGUGCAUCAGGGUCAGUCCCGGUGCAUCAGGGGUCAGUCUCGGUGUUAUCAGGGUCGUGUUUUUUCGUGUCACGUUUUCUCGCCGACUGCGCCGACAUGCUGGCGCAGGCGAAGUGCUCGGCCCUGCUGGACUGGAUAAACUGUCUGGACGUUUCACGGACAGAAGUGCUCUCAGAGCUGCAAGACUUCAGAUUAUUUUUAAGUCUUGUUGAAAAGCUAAACAAUGGCACAGAUGUUAGCUCUGUGGAGGACUCUCACGAAAAGAAAGUUACAUUCGUCUCUACCUUUUUGAAAAAGCGGCAAGCUGUGAUGGGUUCGGUGGUGGAUUGGAGUGAGCUGCUGACCCGGAGUGCCUCUGACAUGGAGCUGGCUAAGUUGGCAGUGGCCUUCCUGUUCUUCUUGAUGACAGAUCCCGAGGUGCAGCUCAAAAUGGAGACGCUAUCACUCCACACACAGAAUGAGUUGAGAGAAAUAAUGCAGUUUCUGGUCGAUAACAAGGAUUCAAACAACUUGGCAGAUGACUUGGAAUAUCUUCUGCAUUCUGUAGCACCAGCGAUGGGACUGAUGGAGUCGUUUCAGGAGGCAGAGGAUACGUAUGCUACUGUCACUCCCUUGCGAAACAAAACCAGACAUAUGCUGCAGCACGCACCAUCCAAAACUUCGCCUGCCACACCAUUGCAGGAUUUCUUCAAAAAGAGCCAAGUGCAGCAGGUACUGAAGCUGCAGGAGCAGGUGUGGAGAGAGAGGAAAGCCUGUGAGCAGCUGGAGGCUGAGCUGUCAGCACACCAGCAGCUGGUGAUUGACAGAGAUGCGCAGGUGUUUGCUCUGCAAGCAAGAUUGAAGACACUAAGAAGUAUUUACGAACAGAAACCAUCUUCUCCACAGUCGGGGGUGUUGAAGGAGUUACAAGAGAAAUCAGACCGGCUGCAGGAAGUGAUGCGCCAAAACCAAGAACUGCGGAAAGAGAAUGCAAUCAGUGAACACAGGGUGGACACCCUGAAAGAUGAGAAUGGGAGCCUGUCUCGCAAGCUUACGGAUACUGGAGUGAAGCUGAAUGAAAGUCGGACUAAGUUGCGCGAGGUGGUGAGCUGCAGUGAAGGGGCGCUCCUGCAGAAGGAGAGAGAGUGUGUGGAACUGAAGACUCGACUGCAAACAUUGCUGGACAUAAAGGCCGAGUUGGAAGAGCGAAGGGACAUCCUGGAAGCCAAAGUGGCUGUUCUUGUGGAGCAGCUAGAGGAGAUGCGGCAGGAGGUGACCUGUGGGGAGGUUUUGGGAGAUGCUAUUCAGAUGGACUCACUAAAGCAAGAAAUAGCGACUUUGGUGAACACUCAGAACCAUCAUAAUAGUUUAGUUCAACAACUGCAGUCUGAUAAACAUACUCUGCAGUCAAUUAUAGAUGAAAAUGAUAGGCAGCUGGAGCUGCAGCUAUUCCAACAUCAGAACACGGUGAUGGAAUUCCAAAGGGAGUUGGACUUAAUGAAAAAAAAAAUAAAGGAUCUUGAAAGGAAAGCAGAUCAGAGAGAAAAUGAAUUGUUAGCUGAAGUGGAAGAGAACAAAAUUAGUGUAGAAAAGCUUCAGAGAAAGUUGGAACAGAAGGAAGAAGAUGUAAUUUGUUUUGAGAAGGUUAACGAACAAGAGAGAUGUAGAUAUGUGUCAAGUAUUUCAAAGAUUGAGCAGAAAAUUCUAAACAUUGAAACUGAAAAGUUAGAGCUGUCUGAGCAGAUGAAACACAUGCAGGAAGAACUCCGUUGUUUCUUGGCGAAUGAAUCCAUUCUUAAGGAGGAGAGGGAUAUGCUGAGAGUGAAAAUAUCUGAUACUGAGAAUGAAAAACAGACACUUCUGAAUGCAGUGUCUGACUUAGCACAAGAGAGAAACAGGCUCAUAGGAAAACUGUCACUCCUGCUUGAGGAGAGUGACUGUCUAGGAAGGAAAGUGGUUGGCCUCGAGCAGGAGAAGGAAGGUCUUGUAGUGAGGAUGGCUGGUCUUGAACAGGACAAGGAAGGUCUUGUAAUGAGGGUGGCUGGCCUUGAGGAGGAGAAGGAAGGUUUCGUAGUGAGGGUGACUGGUCUUGAGGAGGAGAAGGGACAUCUUCUAGUGAGAGUGUCUGACCUUGAAGAAGAGAAGGAAGGUCUUGUAGUGAGGGUGACUGGCCUUGAGAACGAGAAGAUAGGGCUGGUAGUGAGGGUGGGAGGUCUUGAGGAGGAGAAAGAAGGUCUUGUAGUGAGGGUGAAUGGUCUGGAUGAGGAUAAAGGACAUCUUGUAAUGACUGUGACUGGUCUUGAAAAGGAGAAGGACGGUCUAUUAAUGAGGAUGGCUGGCCUUGAGCAGGAGAACGGACAUCUCGUCAUUAGGGUGGCUGACCUUGGAGAGGAGAAGGAAGGUCUUGUAAUGAGGGUGGCGGGCCUUGAAGAGGAAAAGGAAGGUCUUGUAUUGAGGGUGGCUGGCCUUGAGGAGGAGAAGAAAGGUCUCGUAGUGAGGGUGACUGGUCUUGAGGAGGAGAAGGGACAUCUUGUAAUGAGGGUGACUGACCUUGAAGAAUUGAAGGAUGGUUUUGUUGUGAGGAUGGCUGGUCUUGAGAAUGAGAAGGAAGGUCUUGUAGUGAGGGUGGCUCACCUUGAGGUGGAGAAGGAAGGUCUUGUAGUGAGGGUGGCUCACCUUGAGGAGGAGAAGGAAGGUCUUGUAGUGAGGGUGACUUGUAUUGAGAACGAGAAGGAAUGUUUUUUAGUGAGGAUGGCAGACCUUGAAGAGGAGAAAGAAGGUAUUGUAAUGCGGGUGUCUGGCCUUGAGGAGGAGAAGGGACAUCUUGUAAUGAGAGUGUCUGAUCUUGAAGAAGAGAAGGAAGGUCUUGUCGUGAGGGUGGCUCACCUUGAGGAGGAGAAAGAAGGUCUUGUAGUGCGGGUGACUGGCCUUGAGAACGAGAAGGAAGGUCUGGUAGUGAGGGUGGCAAGACUUGAAGAAGAGAAGGAAGGUCUUAUAGCGAGGGUGGCUGGUUUGGAUGAGGAGAAAGGGCAUCUUGUAAUGACUGUGACUGGUCUUGAGGAGGAGAAGGGACAUCUUGUAAUGAGGGUGGCUGACCUUGAAGAGGAGAAGGAAGGUCUUCUAGUGAGGUUGGCUGAUCUUGAACACGACAAGCAAGGUCUUGUAAUGAGGGUGUCUGGCCUUGAGCAAGAGAAGGAAGCUCUUGUAAUGAGGGUAGCUGCCCUUGAAGAGGAAAAGGCAAGUCUUGAACGGGACAAGGAAGGUCUUGUAAUGAGGGUGGCUGAUCUUGAACACGACAAGCAAGGUCUUGUAAUGAGGGUGUCUGGCCUUGAGCAAGAGAAGGAAGCUCUUGUAAUGAGGGUAGCUGCCCUUGAAGAGGAAAAGGCAAGUCUUGAACGGGACAAGGAAGGUCUUGUAAUGAGGGUGGCUGAUCUUGAACACGACAAGCAAGGUCUUGUAAUGAGGGUGUCUGGCCUUGAGCAAGAGAAGGAAGCUCUUGUAAUGAGGGUAGCUGCCCUUGAAGAGGAAAAGGCAAGUCUUGAACGGGACAAGGAAGGUCUUGUAAUGAGGGUGGCUGAUCUUGAACACGACAAGCAAGGUCUUGUAAUGAGGGUGUCUGGCCUUGAGCAAGAGAAGGAAGCUCUUGUAAUGAGGGUAGCUGCCCUUGAAGAGGAAAAGGCAAGUCUUGAACGGGACAAGGAAGGUCUUGUAAUGAGGGUGGCUGAUCUUGAACACGACAAGCAAGGUCUUGUAAUGAGGGUGUCUGGCCUUGAGCAAGAGAAGGAAGCUCUUGUAAUGAGGGUAGCUGCCCUUGAAGAGGAAAAGGCAAGUCUUGAACGGGACAAGGAAGGUCUUGUAAUGAGGGUGGCUGGCCUUGAAGAGGAGAUGGAAGGUCUUGUAGUGAGGGUGACUGGUUUGGAUGAGGAGAAAGGACAUCUUGUAAUGACUCUGACUGGUCUUGAAAAGGAGAAGGAACGUCUGUUAAUGAGGAUGGCUGGCCUUGAGCAGGAGAACGGACAUCUCGUCAUUAGGGUGGCUGACCUUGGAGAGGAGAAGGAAGAUCUUGUAAUGAGGGUGGCUGGCCUUGAGGAGGAGAAGAAAGGUCUUGUAGUGAGGUUGACUGGUCUUGAGGAAGAGAAGGGACAUCUUGUAAUGAGGGUGACUGACCUUGAAGAGGUGAAGGAUGGUCUUGUCGUGAGGAUGGCUGGUCUUGAGAACGAGAAGGAAGGUCUUGUAGUGAGGGUGGCUCACCUUGAGGAGGAGAAAGAAGGUCUUGUAGUGAGGGUGACUGGCCUUGAAAACGAGAAGGAAGGUCUGGUAGUGAGGUUGGCUGGUCUGCAUGAGGAUAAAGGACAUCUUGUAAUGACUGUGACUGGUCUUGAAAAGGAGAAAGAAGGUCUGUUAAUGAGGGUGGCUGGCCUUGAGCAGGAGAAGAGACAUCUCGUAAUGAGGGUCGCUGACCUUGAACAGGACAAGCUAGGUCUUGAACAGGACAAGGAAGGUCUUCUAAUGAGGGUGGCUGACUUUGAAGAGGAGAAGGAAGGUAUUGUAGUGAGGGUAGCUGGUCUUGAGAAUGAGAAGGAAGGUCUUGUAGUGAGGGUGGCAAGACUUGAAGAAGAGAAGGAAGGUCUUGUAGUGAGGGUGGCUGGUCUUGAAAAUGAGAAGGAAGGUCUUGUAGUGAGGGUGGCUGGUCUUGAGAAUGAGAAGGAAGGUCUUGUAGUGAGGGUGGCAAGACUUGAAGAAGAGAAGGAAGGUAUUAUAGCGAGGGUGGCUGGUCUGGAUGAGGAGAAAGGGCAUCUUGUAAUGACUGUGACUGGUCUUGAGGAGGAGAAGGGACAUCUUGUAAUGAGGGUGGCUGGCCUUGAAGAGGAGAAGGAAGGUCUUCUAUUGAGGGUGGCUGGUCUUGAACAGGACAAGCAAGGUCUUGUAAUGAGGGUAGCUGCCCUUGAAGAGGAAAAGGCAAGUCUUGAACGGGACAAGGGAGGUCUUGUAGUGAGGGUGGCUGGUCUGGAUGAGGAGAAAGGACAUCUUGUAAUGAGGGUGGCUGGCCUUGAAGAGGAGAAGGAAGGUCUUAUAGCGAGGGUGGCUGGUUUGGAUGAGGAGAAAGGACAUCUUGUAAUGACUGUGACUGGUCUUGAGGAGGAGAAGGGGCAUCUUGUAAUGAGGGUGGCUGGCCUUGAAGAGGAGAAGGAGAAUGAAGGUCAGUUUUUAAUCUCGGCCGUGUCACAAAGGCAAGAAGAGCUUGAAAAGACACGAAAACAACUUGAAGAAAAAGAAGCGCUGGAGAAUAACUUGAACGCACGCAUUCAAGACAUGCAUGUUCAAUUCUCGUCAUUCGAAGACACAAUUACGGACCUUAAUGGCACGAUUAUGGAUUUGCAAAGUCGAUGUAGUUCCCUGCUAGGUGAUAAUCAAAAGAUUGCUGACAAGUACGAGAUUCAACUCGCGCAGGAGCGUUAUUUGCAGAAUAAAGUUCACAAACUAAAAAACAGCAUAUUUGAACUGAAAGAACAGCACGCUUUUCUCGCAUUACAGAAGGAACAAGACAAAGAAAUGUUCCAAAAGAUUAUUUCUGCUGCAGCUGCCAGAGAAAAGGUAGCAGCUGACAACAUCAAGAAGGCAUUGGACUCACAGUUCAACGAGUUGGAAGUAACGUCAGCGCUCUUCAAACGCCAGAAAUGCGCAGCUGAGCAACGACUGCAGGUUCAUCUUGAGGAAGCUGACAGGGUUAAGGAACAACUGGAGAACAUGAGCCUGAAAUAUGAGGCAACACGGCAGAAGAUGCUUGAGGAUGGAGAUGUGGCGCAGGGCGAUAAGAGGAAGCUUCAACAAGAGGCUGAUGAUUUAAAGCAAAAACUAAAAGAAUGUGAAGGCAAUCACAAGGUCAAAGAGCAGAGAUGGUCAGUUAGCCUGGAGCAAAGCCAGAAGCUGUGUCGGAGUUUGCAGUGCGAACUGGCUGAGAGCCAGAGGGAUUCGGCCAACAAGGAUGUGCUUAUCCAGAACCUAAAAUCACAGAUGGUGUCUGCUCGAGUCGGCAAGAAGUUGCGUCUCCCGUCCACGGAUAUGGAUUGCAGGGUGUCCGCUGUCUCGCACGGCACUGAUAAAGUUGUGUGCAGGGCAAGCCGUGACCGCCUCACGUCGGUUAAGGCCAGCGGUGGGGGUGGUGGUGCGACUUUCACUUCAGUAGCGGGUGGUAAGGGGCAGGCUGAAUUGGAGAAUGUCCAAGUGUCUGCGAGAGGCUGCCGCACUAGCAAGCGCAAUGGGAGCACUGCCGCCCGGCGGAAGGAGAGCGAUGAGCUGAGUACAGACUCCCUAGAUGAGUCGGGCACGGUGGAGCACCACUGCUCCAAACAGAUCAUCCACAUCAAGGAAUUGAGCAGAGACCCUCAGGAGUGCGACACUACCCAGGUCUGGGGUGCCGGGUCUACACGUGAUUCUCUGCUGGCAGAGCGAACGGCGUGUACAGUGCCCAGCGGGGUGCAGGGGCACAAGAGUAGUGCUGGAGAGGACACGUCGUUUGAGCUGGGCUCCAUUGCGGAUGAGGAGGAUGAUAUAAGUGAACGCAUCGCGGAGCUGCAGUCGAGGAACAUGCGCUGUGCCCCGCACAUGAAGUCUUCCUACCCAGUGGAGACGCAGACAUGUGUACAGACGACAGAUGAGCAAAUGAAACAGGGCGACCCCGUGGAGACGCUGCGCAGAGCUUCCAUGUUGAGCUGCACUGGGCAAGAAAGACAUUCACAGAGCUUGGCUCCACGACGGUUCACCUUAGUGCCCAGGGGUCACGUGAGUCCCUCCGGCUUGUGGUCGCUCAAGUCCACGGUGGACAGAAGGCCGGCCACCAACAUGGCCACUUUGCUCUCGGACACGGUGGCCAGGGAGAAGAAAGGGCCUCCUUCACAGGCCGCUACCUUCUCCAGGAAACGCCCUGCAUCUUCAGGGCAGUUCUCACUGCAGAACAAACGAUUUCAAGGGGCAAGUAUAUCCAAACCUUAUUGCUCAGAAGCAGAAAACCAAGGCAGUGGAGACUUUGAGUCAUUUGAAAACAUCAUCCCAGAGGAGUCAGACUUUACAAAUAUCGAGGCUUUGAGGCGGCAGAGUGUGGCUUUCCAGGUGCCAAUCACUCCAAAGGUGAAUCGUCAACUAAAACCCUUGCGCCGAAUGGUGUUGGGAGCAUCCAACAAAGCUGUAAAAACCCAGAAGAAGCACUGAAGCAAUUUGUAAAUGUAAACACAACAGGAUAGAUUGUCAUGAUAAUCACUUUGCAUCACCUUGGCUAUGUCUCACAUUUGUUGAUGGAUACCUUGCCAAAUUAUCAUGGAAAAAUCAGAAUUUUUUUUACAUUCAUCAACACUUAAAUGGAGCCCCAUGUUCAUAUGUUAAAAAUCUGUGAGUUUGUUUUGAACUCAUGGGGGGUGUAUAGCUAUUUGCAGGCUGGAGAAAUUUGUGUUUUUAUCGUGUUUGGAGCUUUAAAAUCCAAGCAUGGUUUAUUGGACCAAAUGGUUUUGAAUAUGCAGACAUUUUAUUUGAUACGGAUCCUGACAUUGCAUUGGAAUUUGCAUUUCAGAUUGUGUAAUGAAAGCUGCGUGGAGGUGACUUGUUAACUGUACAAAUAAAACGUUGAUUUAAUUAUA